CAAUUCAUUAAUGGUUUGUAGACUUUGUGGAUGAUAACACCGGGAAGUUAUAGAUGUCCGCAGCUCUAUAAAAACAAGGAAGAAGUCCAUAUAUAGUAGCAGGAGUUCCGCUCUGCAUUAAAUCCGGCUUUUGAAGGUGACUCAUGAACGAGGACACUCCUUCUCAUGCAGGCGCCUUUAAAACGGCACCACAUCUUUGGAAUUAACAGAAAACAACUUUCUUUACUGGAGCUUUAAAAUUCCUAGUAGUAUUGUAGAGUAGUAUUGCAGAUUUUGUCUUUUUUUUUAUUACUAUUGUUUUCAUUGGGAACUAUUUGAGUCUUCUUUCAGAAUUACGCCAAAUUGUCUAAAUGUUUUGGUUAGCAAAGAAGAAUUUUUCCUUUUUGUCCAUUUUUCUCCUCAUAAUCCUGCUUCCUGUGUCUCUAUCGUUCUAUAUUGCUGACUCCAACCCACUUUUAGCCUUUAACAAUCAAGUCAGAGAGGGACAUCUUUACACAGAAAACCACAGACGAGGGAUGUAUCUACAGAUGACCCAGGAUGGGAAAGUAUCCGGAAGUGAUGUCCAGACGCCUUAUAGUUUGCUUCAGUUGCAGUCAGUACAACCAGGUCACAUUGCCAUCAAAGGUCGGAGGUCAUCCCUGUUUUUAUGUACAGACAGCCGGGGCUCUCUGAGAGGGCAGAUACACUUCUCCGAGGACGAUUGCACCUUCCAAGAGCUACUCCUGGCGGAUGGAUACACCCGUUUCCUAUCCUCACACCACGGAUGUCCUGUGUCACUGGCGUCCCGGCGUUCCCCGGAUCAACACGCCAUCCCCUUCACAAGAUUCUUGCCACUCAAGGAUACCCUUCCAUUGGAGGCUGCAUCCGAGGAACCUCCAAAAGCAGAGACGUACUUCAAUGUGGACUCUGAUGACCCUCUUGGAAUGGGUCAGAAUUCCAUGCUCAGUCCUCAUUUCUCAGUGGACAAGUGACGAAGGAAAGAAAGUGAAUAGGACACAUUUACAGGUUAAUUUAUUUAAUUAAGUUAAGUGAACUGCAUUUUAAACUAUAUUUUCAAGGUUAUUUUAUUUUAUAUAUAAUAUUUUAUUUUAUUUAUUUAAUAUGUCUAUUUAUAAUUGCUAAAGACAAUGAUUACUAGUAGUCAGUUUUUAUUUUUAUUUCUUGUGAACGUGUGGUUGAUUCUGAGCAAUAAGGUUAUGCUUGUAUAUUUGGGGUACUUUGUCAG